AUGGUGGCAGUUAAGUACACUUAUGAAACUAAAAAAAAGGAAGAAUUUUUUUAUUCAUUUCAAUAAGAAUAGUGGGAAUGGAUUAUAAGAAAGGCAAUUUCAAAUUCUAUUAUUCUCAUGCGUUACGAUUAAAAACAAGAUUAAAUUAGAUUAGUCAAAUAAAGCAUACGAUCAUAAUAAACUCAUUCUAUAAAUGGAUGUUAUGAUUUAAGGCAAUUUUUGAGAAAUGUAAUACCUUUUACAAUUUUUAGUUAAUUUAUAUAAAUUCAAAAUAUUAGCAUCAAUCUAUCGAUCAAGCAAAUAAUUUAGAAUAGUAUGUUAGAAGUAUGUUAAUUGAAAAAAAAAAUAAUUUCCUGGAUAAAAAAGAGAAAUAGAAACACUUUAUUGAUCAAAUUAAUAGAAUUGUUUAUAAGGUUAAAUUAACUAAAUGUAUUUUAAAUAAUGAAGUUUAAUGCUUACUUAUUUUAGAUAAGAUACAAAUUCCAGAUCAAAAAGGAUAUGAUAUGCUCAUUAUCUUUUUAUAAGAAUUAUCACAAAAUGUCUCAUAAUUAAUUAAAGAUUAAUUUUAUUGUGCAACUUUAGCUGCUUUUUAAUCAAACAUAAAUAAGUCUCAUUCAUCAAAGAAAUAAAUAGAUUUUCUAGAUAAAAAGCUUUAAAAGUAUGCAUACAUUUAAAUGACUCUAUUUAACUUAUCUUAUUUGACUCAAAGAUCAAUUUUUGAUUUAAAUUCACAAAAAAGUCAUUAAGAUUUAAUCACUUAAUUAUAGACUAUAUUAAGAAAUAAAAUAAACAUAUUUUGUUAAUCUGAAUUUAAAUGUAAUACUCAGAUUUUAAUAUCAAUUAUUCUUUGUUGUUGUAAAUUUGUACAUUACAUAGAAAACUAUCUUCCAAAUUUUUAAUUAAACUUUUUAAAAACUGAUGAUGCCAUGAUAGAAAUGAACUUAAUGUUUAAUUUAAAACGAUCUACUANUCAUUUUAUUAGUUUUAUGUCUUAUUCAUAGUAGAAAUAAAUAAGAUAAUGGAUAAUUCAAAUAAAACAAAUACUCAAUAUGAUUGGAGUUAUGGUUAUUAGACUUGUUUUAUGCAUUUUUGUUUAUAUUUACAAGGGACAAAUAUGA